AUGAUCCACGAGAAACGAAGUUCGAUCGAUAAACUUGCCUCGACCACCCCCAACAAGGACGGCGUGCGUAUCGUUGCACCCCACGAGUACAAGGAGGCUGCUGCGUGUCUUGCAGAGGCAUUCCGCCUCGACAACGUGGUGCGUUAUGCGAUUGAUACCCCCGACCAGACGCACCUCUCCGAAGAGGAACGCUUUGACUUGCACCGAGCCGCCAUGGAGUAUGUCACCUACGCCCACUGUCUUCAGGGUCUGGUGUUGACCGUUGGGGACAACUAUGAUUGCGUUGCGUUGUGGUUGCCACCUGGCAAGAACAUUGACGAUUGGUACACCUUGCUCCGGAGCGGUAUGUGGCGUCUCAGCUAUAGAUUGUCCAAGGAGGGGAAGAUCCGAUUCUUCGAAGAGUUCUUGCCAUUGUUGCACUAUACCAAGCAGGAGAUUCUGGGUGAUAGAGAUGACCAGUCUUGGUAUCUCAACUACAUCGGGACCAAGCCUGAGGCCCGCGGGAAGGGCUAUGGACGCAAGUUGAUCGAAUCCGUCACAAAGAUGGCUGAUGCGGAUGGCGUCCCCUGUUAUCUGGAAAGCUCCCAUGACAUCAACAUCAUCAUCUACGGUAAGAUGGGCUUUGAGCUAAGGAAACACAUCUAUCUGCAGAGAGCUCCAGGCAAGCAGCUUCGCAUGGACGUCAUGGUCAGGGAGCCGGUCGUGACGCGGGAGAAGGAUACCAAUGCUGCAACCGUGAAGCCUGCUUGA